CGAAACAUAACAGGAGAUUAGUUACCGCGAUCAAAAUACAACAGUUGCAACCUACUUUGAUUCGGAUUGACAACAAAAUCUGUGUCUCCUUGAUACACACAUAAACUAAACUAAAAGGGGCUCAUUCAUCCUCUUUCUCUCUCUCUCUCUCAUCAAUUUCCUGUUGAAGGAACUCUGCAUUCUACUCCAUCAAUGGCUUCUUUGAAGGAACUCUGCAUCUUCACAAGAAAUGUUACAAUCUUCCUCUCAAAAUCAAGAACCCAAGUUUCUGUUUUCUUCACUCUUUUCUUCAGCACCUUAACUCUCCUCAUCUUCAUCAUUUUCUUCUCCUCUCCCUCCGUCAUCACCACCAAGAUUCUUGCUUCUCGUCUUCACUCCCACUCAUUUUCUUCCAUUCAUGAAUUUGAUUUAGUACCAGUAUCUGAUACUCACACAACUAGCAGUACAGUUUCAGCACCCACAAACUUCCCAACAAAAUCAUGGAUUCAUGAUGUUACUAUUCAAGAAGAGGACAAAUGUUGUGAUAUUUUUGAUGGUGAAUGGGUACAGGACAAUGAUCUUCAUCCGCUUUAUAAACUGGGUUCUUGUCCGUUUAUCGACAAUUCUUUCAACUGUUUCAAGAAUGGACGUCGUGAUACAGAUUAUCUCAGGCUCAAAUGGAAGCCACAUGGUUGCGAAAUCCCAAGGUUUGAUGGGUUGAAAAUGCUGAAGAUGUUAAAGGGAAAAAGACUGGUUUUUGUUGGAGAUUCAUUGAACAGAAACAUGUGGGAAUCUCUGGUUUGUGCUUUGAGAAACUCACUCAUCGACAAGAACAGGGUGAACGAAGUUUCGGGCUAUCGUCAGUUCAGAAGUCAAGGAUUUUAUUCUUUCAAAUUUAAGGAUUUCAAAUGUUCAAUUGACUUCAUAAAAUCCCCAUUCCUAGUUCAAGAAUGGAGGUUUUCGGAUAAAGCUGGAGCACGUCGUGAAACUCUACGUCUCGAUACAAUCCAUGGCUCUCUUACUAAGUACCAUGAUGCUGACAUUAUCAUCUUCAAUACUGGUCAUUGGUGGACUCACCAGAAAACUCACAAAGUGAGUAACUACUUUCAAGAAGGGAAUCAUGUGUAUAACAGAUUGGAAGUGGCAGAUGCAUAUACUAAGGCAUUGAAGACAUGGGCACAUUGGGUUGAUACAACUAUCAACAGCACCAAAACUAGAGUGUUUUUUAGGGGAUAUUCAGCUUCUCAUUUCAAAGGUGGUCAAUGGAACUCAGGAGGAAACUGUGAUGGGGAGACGAAACCGAUAACAAACGAGACUCAAUUAGGUCCAUAUCCAUGGAUGAUGAGAGUUCUUGAAUCAGUAAUAUCAGAAAUGAAGACACCAGUUGUUUAUCUCAACAUUACUAAGAUGACAGACUACAGAAAAGAAGGACACCCUUCAAUUUUCAGAGGGGCAAAAUCAAAGAGGAGGCCAGGGAUGUUUCAAGACUGCAGCCAUUGGUGCCUUCCUGGUAUACCAGAUUCUUGGAAUCAGCUACUUUAUGCAACUUUGCUUCAAUCACAUCAGAAGUCUUCCCAUCCCAAAUCAUUCUCUCUUGGCCUUUUUCACUAAGGUCUUGUAAUGUGUAAAUAUGAUCAAAUGCACAUUUUUGCUUUGAAAAUUGGUUCCAAGUGAUUACUGAAGUUGAGACUAGAGGAACAAAAGUGUGGAAUUUUUGAA